AGUACUUGUGAGAAAACUAUGGAGCCUUCCCCUUCACGGUUCCUUCUCUGCGCACUCCUCUUCGUUCUCCUCCACACCCCCACAUCCAAAUCCCAAUCCCAACUCUACUCCAUCUUCUCCAACUGCUCCACCGACGCGAACUUCACUGCGAACAGCGCCUUCCAGUCGAACCUCAACCACCUGCUGUCCACCCUCCCCGCCGCGACCGCGCCGUCCGGCUUCUACAACUCCACGGUCGGUCAAAACGGCGGCGGCGGCGAAGUCUACGGCCUCGCCUUGUGCCGCGGCGACGUCCCCUCCCCCGAGUGCAGCACUUGUUUGAGUUCCGCCGCGCAAUACGCCGUCACGGAGUGCCCGCGCGGCGUGUCGAACACCGUGUGGAACGACACCUGCAUGCUGCGCUACUCCGACAGCAGCUUCUUCGGCGUCGUCGACUGGACCCAGAAGUUCGCGUGGAACCUGCACAACGUCACGGAUGUGAAGCUGUUCGAUGACCGGCUCGAUCAGCUCAUGAGUAACUUGUCCACGGCAGCGGCCUACGGGUCGGGGCGGCCGCCGCUGUUCGCGGCGGGGCAGAUCAAAUUCUACAACUUCACAAACAUAUACGGACUGGUGCAGUGCUCGAGGGAUCUGUCGCCGGCUGACUGCUACGGGUGCUUGACGAACUGCAUCAAGAGCAUCCCGAAUUGCUGCGAAAAUCGGAUCGGUGGGAGGAUUUUCGGAAAUAACUGCAACAUCCGGUUCGAGUCGGCUCCGUUUUAUAAUUCGUCGGCCAUCGGGAGCACUCCGGCGAUGCCGCCGCCGCCACCGCCUCCGCCGGCAGGGUCGGGUCAGAAUAGGGAUAAUGGCAGCAGUCAAAAGGGCGUUAAGGGAAGCGGAGGAAAUAAUGGAAGCACGAAGAGCAUAAUUAUUGUUGCCAUUUUGGUGGUUGCUGUUGCGUUGUUGCUCCUCUUUGUUAUCUAUCUCUGCCGAAGGAAACAAAGAAAACGAGCUAGAAAUGCUUUGAUCAAUGGAGGAGAUGAGCAAAUUAUAAGCGUGGAAUCUCUGUUGCUCAAUUUGGCCACGAUAAAAGCUGCCACAAACAACUUCUCUGAAGAAAAUAAGUUGGGAGAAGGUGGAUUUGGACCAGUGUAUAAGGGGAUACUACAAGAUGGGCAAGAAAUAGCAGUGAAGAGGCUCUCAAUGAGCUCAGCACAGGGGCUUGGUGAGUUGAAAAAUGAAUUGGUGCUCGUGGCGAAGCUUCAACACAAGAAUCUGGUGAGGCUAAUUGGUUGCUGUUUAGAAGAGCAAGAAAGGAUUCUUGUUUAUGAGUACCUCCCCAACACAAGCCUUGAUAAGUUUCUCUUUGAUCCUGCGAGGCGCGAACAAUUAGAUUGGGGAAUACGGUACAAGAUCAUCGAAGGGAUUAGUCGAGGUCUUCUCUAUCUCCACGAAGAUUCAAGGCUAAAGAUCGUUCAUCGCGAUCUGAAAGUGAGUAACAUCUUGUUGGAUGCGUUUAUGACCCCUAAAAUCUCCGAUUUUGGUCUUGCAAAGCUCUUCGACGUCGACGAGAGCGAAGGAAAAACGAGUCGGAUUGCAGGAACAUAUGGAUACAUGGCACCGGAGUAUGUAAUUCAUGGACACUUCUCAACAAAGUCAGAUGUUUUUGCUUAUGGAGUAUUGGUUUUGGAGAUUGUGACUGGACAAAGAAAUGCUCGCCCUCAAGAACCUAACUAUUCAGAAAGCCUUCUAUCAUAUGUGUGGAAGCACUGGACCGAAGGGACUGCACACGAGGUGCUCGAUCCGAGCCUCACGGGGCAGUGCCGGUCGCAGGACGUGCUGAGAUGCAUCCACAUCGGGCUGCUGUGCGUCCAGGAGGACCCGUCGGACCGGCCGAGCAUGGCGUCUGUCGUGCUCAUGCUGAGCAGCCACUCCGUCACCCUCCCCGCCCCGUCGACCCCCGCUUUCGUCAUCUGGCACAGCUCAACUGCAGAAAACAGGGAGAAGGUCGAGACCGAUGCAUCCGACGGGCUGCAGCGGAAGGCGACACGUGCAGUAUCGGUGAACACCGUAUCCAUUUCGAAAUUAGAGCCACGGUAGCGUCGCAGAGCUGGGGGAUCGAAUACUGAUCUGAAUAUACUUGAUUCGAAUAUAGUAGAAGAGUGUGAUUUUCGUCAUUGCCGAAUGAGCAGCAAAAGGCAUUGUGAAUUUAGAUUUACAUAAGUUUGUUCAUUUGUGUGACUUUCCUUCUUUCAAAUGCAUUGGCUACAACAUUUUAUUUGGUAUCUCUUUUUUUAAGUAUUCAAGAUGUAAUGAAAUGUCUCUUUGUAUUUUGGCCCUUCUCCCAGUUACUCUUUAUAUGAAA